CAAGGUACAACGGAGCCGUAUUUACUCCUCCCCUGCUCUCCUCGCCACGGUUUUCACAGCCGCCCCGAAAUCACCAGAACUCCCACCGCAGAUCACUCGCUCGCCUCUCCUCUCCUCUCCUCCCUCCCAACCGUCGCUGUAACAAAUCCCAGUCCGUUCCUUCCUUCACACUACCUAGAAGCUUUGGCAGUUGAGUUAGGUGCCCACCACAGGGGCGCUCGAUCUGGUGGGAUCAUCCGGUGUGUUUGUUGGUAGCUAGCUAGCUAAGGGAAGAGGAUCCGAUGAGGUCCAUGGGCAGCUCGGACUCAUCUUCCGGCUCGGCGCAAAAAGCAGCGCGGCAUCAGCAUGAGCCGCCGCCUCCGCGGCAGCGGGGCUCGGCGCCGGAGCUCCCGCCGGGCUUCCGGUUCCACCCGACGGACGAGGAGCUGGUGGUGCACUACCUCAAGAAGAAGGCCGCCAAGGUCCCGCUCCCCGUCACCAUCAUCGCCGAGGUGGAUCUCUACAAGUUCGACCCAUGGGAGCUCCCCGAGAAGGCGACCUUCGGGGAGCAGGAGUGGUACUUCUUCAGCCCGCGCGACCGCAAGUACCCCAACGGCGCGCGGCCCAACCGGGCGGCGACGUCGGGGUACUGGAAGGCCACCGGCACGGACAAACCUAUCCUGGCCUCCGGGACGGGGUGCGGCCUGGUCCGGGAGAAGCUCGGCGUCAAGAAGGCGCUCGUGUUCUACCGCGGGAAGCCGCCCAAGGGCCUCAAAACCAACUGGAUCAUGCAUGAAUACCGCCUCACCGACGCGUCUGGCUCCACCACCACCAGCCGACCGCCGCCGCCGCCGCCUGUGACCGGCGGGAGCAGGGCUGCUGCCUCUCUGAGGUUGGACGACUGGGUGCUGUGCCGCAUCUACAAGAAGAUCAACAAGGCCGCGGCCGGAGAUCAGCAGAGGAGCAUGGAGUGCGAGGACUCCGUGGAGGACGCGGUCACCGCGUACCCGCUCUAUGCCACGGCGGGCAUGGCCGGUGCAGGUGCGCAUGGCAGCAACUACGCUUCAUCUUCACUGCUCCAUCAUCAGGACAGCCAUUUCCUGGACGGCCUGUUCACAGCAGACGACGCCGGCCUCUCGGCGGGCGCCACCUCGCUGAGCCACCUGGCCGCGGCGGCGAGGGCGAGCCCGGCUCCGACCAAACAGUUUCUCGCCCCGUCGUCUUCAACCCCGUUCAACUGGCUCGAGGCGUCAGCCGCUGGCAUCCUGCCACAGGCAAGGAAUUUCCCUGGGUUUAACAGGAGCAGAAACGUCGGCAAUAUGUCGCUGUCAUCGACGGCCGACAUGGCUGGCGCGGCCGGCAAUGCGGUGAACGCCAUGUCUGCAUUUAUGAAUCCUCUUCCCGUGCAAGACGGGACGUACCAUCAACACCAUGUCAUCCUCGGCGCCCCACUGGCGCCAGAGGCCACCGCAGGCGCCGCCACCUCUGGUUUCCAGCAUCAUGCCGUCCAAAUAUCCGGCGUGAACUGGAAUCCCUGAGCAAAUGAUAUGAACACCACAUACGCGCAUGCACGCUCGCAUGCAUAACUUUUGCAAGUGUAGCCAGUAGUUGUUGCAGUUUGUGGUAGUCGCUUUCAGUGAGCACUGAGUAGCUAGCUGCAUGCACAUCACCAUUGCAUGGAUAUAUAUGGCUGCAUUGCACCAUGGGCACGUACUUGUGCGAACUUGCUAGCCAUAUAGUAGUACAUAGCUAGGAGUAUUUUCGAAGUAAAAAAGAUCAUGACAUAGUACUCCA